AUAUGCAAUAUAAUUUCUCUUGCAGGGAAGUUUCUUCUCAAAAUUUUUAAUACAUGGAAUCCAAGCAUAGUUAAGCUCAGGUUUGCCCAAAAUGUGUGAGCCUAUUGUUCUGAAGUUAAAUCUCUGAUCAGUAAGUCUGGGUAUAGCUUGCUUGGAAAUGGAAUACUGCUUUCACCGGAGCUCAGGUUCUUCUCCAGUUUUUUAAUAUGUGGACUCCAAGUGUAAUUAAACUCAUGUUUGACCAAGGUGUGUAAGUUCAUUCUUCUGAAGUUGAAUCUCUGAUCAGUAAGUCUGAGUAUAGCUUGCUUGGAAGUGGUAUAUUGCUUUCACCGGAGAUCAUAUACUGCACAAGUGGGUUAAGAUCGCGAUUUGUGGAACAUAUAGACUGGUAAUUGAAGUGAAAAAAUUGACACGGCUAUCCUCUCCCUUUGGCAUGGCUGAGAUAGUUGCAGCUUCUGCAGGGACUUCUGCUGUAGUAGUUGAGGCAUACAAAGAUGCGAGGAAUGCAGCUGACUCUAUUGACGAAAUGAGAUAUUAUGAGAAAAGUCUGGAUAAAAAUUAUGAAAAGUUGCAAGAUGCGAUUAAAAAGCUCUAUGCCAGGAAAGGUGAUUUGUUAGUGAAAAUAAAUAGGGAUAGGACAAAGCAGGCUACCGAAGAAUGCAAUGUGUGGAUGGGUAGUGUCAAGAAACUUGAGAAAGAGGUGCUAGCCUUGAAAGCUGAAUAUGAAGAAGAAAAAAGCCACAAGUUUAAAUCGGUUCGUCUUUGCCCACGUUCAAAUCUUAGCAAACGCAUGGUAGAGAAACUUUUUGAGGUACAAAGUUGUUGGUCAGAGGGGAGCAAUUUUGGAACUGACUUUCUGGUUGAGAGAUCAGCAAAACCUAUCAUAAAAGCGAAGGCACCAAAAAUAGAGGACAAGCCAUCACUUUCCAUGGUUUUCGAAGAGAUACUUGAAUGCCUAAAAGAUAAGCGUGUAACAAGAAUAGGACUUUGGGGCCAGGUGGGUGCUGGGAAAACAACAAUCAUGCAAAAUUUGCGUGAAAGUGAAGAAAUUUCUGAAUUGUUUGAUAUAGUCUUUUAUGUAACUCUAGCUGACGAAGGGAAUGAAGAAAGGUUGCAAGAAAGGGUUCAGCAUCAAAUAGCAGAAGAGCUACAAUUGGAUUUACUACAAGGCAGUACUGACGCUGCUUCAAAAAUAUCCAAGAGGUUGGAGAGCAUGAGAUUUUUACUUCUUUUGGACGAUGUCUGGGGCACAUUUGAUCUCGAUGAUUGCGGCAUCUAUGAAAAUGAAAAGGAUAGCAAGAUAGUAAUUGCAUCUAGACAUUGUGGCAAUUGUCGUGAGAUGUGUGUUGAUCAUCUAAUUAGGGUGCCACGGCUCUCAAAUGAUGAAGCUUUGAAUCUUUUUCAGGAAAGAUUAGGUCGAAAGUUGUAUUCUGAGUUUAAAUCACUAGCCCGCCAAGUCAUUGAGGAGUGUGAUAAUUUGCCCCUUUUAAUAGACAAGGUUGCAAGAGCCUUCAGAAGGAAAGACGAUAUUCUUCUAUGGGAGUCUGGGCUGAAUAAAUUGCGAAUAUGGCCUGGUACCAAAUGUGAUGGAAUGGAUGAUGCGUUUGAUUUAUUAAGAUUCUGUUAUGAAGAAUUAGAUGAAGAUGGAAAAGUUUGCUUUCUUUAUGGUGCCUUAUAUGCUGAAGCAUAUGAAAUAUGUAUAAAUUAUUUGCUAGAAUGUUGGAGAGCUGAAGAUUUCACUCAAGAUGUGGAGGAGUUCACUGCAAUUCAGAAAGGUCAAGAGAUAUUGCAUGAUCUUUUGGAUGCAUCUUUGCUAGAAAACGGUGAAAAGGUAAAACAUGUAAGGAUGAAUAAAGUGCUACGGAAAAUGGCCUUUAAAAUCUUAGAAAGUGACGAUUCAAAAUGUUUGGUGAAACCUGGCAAGGGGCUCCAAAAGGCCCCCGAAAGUAAAGAAUGGGAACAAAAACUAAGGAUUUCUUUGAUGGAUAACAAAUUUAGCAGUUUACCGGACAAGCCAGAUUGCAACAAUCUCUCAACACUUUUACUCCAGAGAAAUAUUGAUUUGGCAGUGAUUCCUCGCCGAUUCUUUGAAUCUAUGCAAAGUCUCCGGGUUUUGGACUUACAUAGCACUAAUAUUGCUGAAUUACCAUCUUCGAUUUCAUGCUUGGUAUGUCUCAGGGCUCUUUAUUUAAAUUCUUGCAGGAGAUUGUUGAAGCUUCCAGGCAAAAUAAAGGCACUUAAGCAUCUUGAGGUGCUUGAUAUUCGAGGUACUGGGAUUAAUUCUUUGCCGGUUGAAAUAAGAUAUUUAAGCCAAUUGCAGCGCUUCAGGAUGUCAUUGUCAAAGAUAGAUGGAAAAUCAAGGAAAAUCAGAACAAAUCACAAUAUAAUUUUAGAGCUUUCUUUGUUGGAAGAGUUAGUCAUCGACAUUCAUCCAGAAAAUGAGUGGUGGAAGCAGGUUGUGAGACAUAUAACUCAAAAUGUGGCUGUCUUGAAAAAAUUGACCUACCUUUCAUUCUCCAUCGGUGAAUAUCAUUCAACCAGGUACAAAAUUCUUGAUUGCUUCAGACAUAGGAUUUGCUGGCGUGUAAAAUAUGCAAAUGGUGAUGGCAAUCUUCCAUUGCCAGAGGUACUUGCUGAAGCUGAUGCAUUUGAACUAAUUGGAUGCAAGGGAGUUUUGAAGUUAUCGGACUUUGGCAUUGACAAUAUGACCAAGAUUAAGAGCUGUUUGAUUGAAAGUUGUAAUGAAAUGGAGACUGUUGUUGAUAGCAAUGGAAUAACAAAUGCAGUGUUUGAGUGCUUGGAGAAGAUGUACCUAAGCAAUAUCCCCAACUUGCAAAGCAUUUGGGAGGGUUUGGUACCUCAGGGAAGCCUUGCCCGACUAAAUACUUUAGUUUUCUUCAAAUGUUCAAAGCUGAAGAAGAUUUUCUCUAGCAGCUUAGUUCAGCAAUUCUCUGAUCUCCAGCACUUGGAAAUUGAAGCUUGUCAUCAAAUUGAAGAGGUUACCCUGGAAGCAGAGAACAAUGGGAUGAAUGCUCCUGUACUUCCAAGUCUAAAGUCAAUAGUACUUGUUGGUCUUCCAAGUUUAACAAACAUUUGGAUUGAUGAUUCACUGGAUUGGGCCUCCCUAGACAAAACGAUUUCCAUGUGUCCACUAUUGGAUAGUCAUCCUUCUUGGCGAACAGUACUGUGACAAGAAUGAAGAAGCUGCCUUCAAACAGAGAUUUUGCCCUGGUUGUAUCUUGAGCUAGCAUUUCUAAUUUUCAUUCUGGAUAAUAUUUGGUUUUGUAAUGUAUGGUAUUUAAACUAUAAGUACUUCUUUUGAACUUUCCAAAACAGAGGUUUGUAUUUUCA